AUGGCCGAAGCUCUAAAGGGUUCCAAGCCUGCUCUCAAAGUCAGCAACAUUCACCUCAGGACGAAAUCACACCCGCCAAGUCCGCUGCAAGAUGGGCCUCCUUCGCUGGAUGAAGAUGGACCUAGCUGGUUGCCGCCGCCUGACGACAGCAAGAUGCGCUGUCAUGUCACGUUGGCCAUCGUCGAUCACAUGGCGGAAAGAGAGACCGUGUUCAUGGAUUACAGACUCGGCGACGUCCUCAAAGUGGACCAAGCGCGAGGAGCUCCCACAUUCGAAGUCAAAUUGGCAGACACCUUCUCUGUCCCAGUUGACACCUUCACUACUCCGAGGAGUGAGUCCAGCGGUACAGAAUCAUGGUCGUGGCAGGGCGAGCAAAGGUUCGCUAUCGAAGUUCGCAUACAAUGUCAAACCCCUAAUGACACGGCUAAGCUCCUGAGUUAUAUCGACGACUCUCUUGGCGACGUAUCCUCCAAGACUACUUCACACGAGAGCCUGCUCGCUCGCUGGACACUUCUUCCCGAGUUGCCUGGCCCCGGCCAACUCUUCAGCCUUAUGCUAGCCAAGGAUCGCAAUCGCGUGCAGUUGCCAUACGGCGCGGCAAUCACCAUGAACUGGAAUGAAGAGAUUUCGCCGCUCGCCACCGCAGGUCGCGCUCUUAUGCUUCAGCGCGGCGAGCCUCGUCAGCUGCCCACGCCGGUAUCAGACGAUCUCGAAGUACUCAGACGCACGUGCUUCAUCAAGUAUCUCUGGCAGGAUGGAGCGCAGAUUCACCGCUUUGACGUGAAGGGAUUCAGUUGCGCACUGUGUCCACAUGGAAGCGAGUACCUCUCAUUUGAGCGCCUGCGGCUUCACUUACUCACACACCACAAUCACUUCCGCUUCGAGGCCGACGAAAGCGACGCACCCGGCGGAGACACUCGAACUAUCAGGAUACUUGCUUUUGAAGAACAUCAACAGUCAAAAGACGACGAGACUGAAUUCGGCUGGCAAGCCCCGGAAAAGCCCUUCGAUGUUGCGGCGCAUUUGAACGGCAAUACUGCCUGGAUUCCGCAGCCUUUGCGCGCAGGCAACAUGACGGCUGAUAAAGCCAAAACAGUGAAGGAGGCAUCAUCUCAAAGACCGCCAGGUGCUGCACGUGAAAAGAGGAAGCUGCCUUCCCCUGUGGACGUCGAAGACUUGGGCCCACAGAAACGCCGGAAACACAGAAUUCCGGACGUGCCAGGCAUCAACUUCUAUAGGACAACUUCAAAACAGAAAAUCCUGCCCGGUACAGUGCUGAGUGACAGCGACGAAGAGCCUGAUGUGGAAUGGCGGGUGCAAAGUCAGCGACGUGACUUGACGAAGCUUGGCCUCGACGACAUUUCGCAAGAUUUCAACGCCUUGUUUAACAAGCAUCUCGAUUUGGAACGACCGACGUCUGACAGGCUUACUCGCGAUGCUAUAGUGCGGUUCGCUCGAAAGUUUGCAGCCAAGCUUUGCGAGUCGAAAUGGAGAGAAAAGUUCCACGCCAAGCUGGAACAGAUGGAGAGUCGACGGAUUUUCGGCAAUGACACCACAGUGUAUUGCAUGGCACUCCUGAAUGAGGCAGCAGAGAAGCGCGGCGCAGGUCCUGAGGUGCGCAACGACAGAAAUAUGUCCACAAGGUGGCCCAACGGCGAGAUUCCAGAGUCACCAGCGGCUGCACAUUCGGCCCAUCGAGUGAGAUGGAAGGAUGGCAGAAUAAUAUCGACAGAAGAGGAUGAGAGCCGGCCAUAUCGGCAAACCUCCCCGUCUUCAACAAGCCAAAGAGAACACGACCGAUUUGGAAAACGCAAAGUCAUCUGUAGCAGGCCGACGGCCACCCUGAACUCGACAGAGAUGCCAAUACGAAGAAUGACGAAGCAUGGGGUGCCUGAGGACAAGAAAGAGCUGGAACCAUCAGAUAUUGGUUACGACAGAUUCAUCGAUGGCUUGAGAGAUGAUCCAUUCCGGUUUGGGCAGGGGGAAUUCGAACGAGAUAUUCUGGUAUGCAUCGUGAACGACUUCCGACUGCCCAUUACCAAUGACAAGGAUCUACACGAAGCACUUGCCCUGGCGCACAAUGAGACUACUGGCACGAUCUACUUCGAGGUAUUGUCGCGAGAUGAGCUCUAUCAAGAAAAUCACGCGCAGCACUACUUGAUGUCUGAGGAAGCGACAGAGCACGCGACGCCUCGACCAAGGGGCAAGGGCAAAGGUAGAUGGUACGAGCCCGGCAGAACCAGAGAGCCGGAAACGCCCCCAGAGCCAGAGAGACCAACAGAGCCGGAAAUAACCCCAGAGCCAGAAAGGCCCACGGAGCCAGAGAGACUCACGAGGCCGAAGAAUCGGCCAUGCAUCUGUGAGAAGCGAGUAGAGGGUCUGCGAAGGGCAAUCGCGUGCCAGAACCCGCGAUGCGGCCGCGUGUUUCACAUGGACUGCUUGGGCUUGGACAAGAGACCACCGGAGUGGCGCUGUGGAGACUGCGCGUGA